CAACAGGCGCCCCAGCCCGCCGCGCCGCCGCCCGCCGUGGGGCGAUGGCUGCUGGCCUGCAGCGGCGCCGUGGCCGGUGCCGUGGUGCUGGGCGGCGUCACCAGGUGUGCUCAUUCACACACUGAGCUCCGUCCUGCUCCUAGCUCUGAGCUGAAGGGUUGUCUGAACAGGGAGUUUGAGACAUAUCCUAGAACCCCACAGCAUGUCCUGGCUUGGAAGGGUCCACAAGGACCAUCAGAGUCCCAGCUCCCGGGCUGCUGUGCAGCCCACAGCCCUCGCUUCAGUUCAGCAGAUGUGCUGACUGCCUGCUCGUGUCUCUGCUCCCAGGCUGACAGAGUCAGGCCUGUCCAUGGUCGACUGGCACCUGGUGAAGGAGAUGAAGCCCCCCCGAACGCAGCAGGAGUGGGAGGCCGAGUUCCAGAAGUACCAGCAGUUCCCAGAGUUUAAAAUCCUGAACCACGACAUGACGCUGCCGGAGUUCAAGUUCAUCUGGUACAUGGAGUACUCGCACCGCAUGUGGGGCCGGGCCGUGGGGCUGGCCUACCUGCUGCCUGCCGCCUACUUCUGGCGCCGGGGCUGCCUCAGCCGGGCCCUGCAGGGCCGCGUGCUCGCCCUCUGCGGGCUCGUCUGCUUCCAGGGGCUGCUGGGAUGGUACAUGGUGAAGAGUGGGCUGGAAGAGAAGCCAGACUCGUACGACAUCCCUCGGGUCAGUCAGUACCGUCUGGCAGCACACCUGGGCUCUGCCCUGCUCCUCUACUGCGCCAGCCUGUGGACAGGGCUGUCUGUGCUGCUCCCACAGCACAAGUUGCCAGAAACCAAGCAGCUCCUUCGCUUGAGACAAUAUGCUCAUGGCACUACAGCUCUCAUUUUUCUUACUGCCAUUUCAGGUGCCUUUGUGGCAGGGCUGGAUGCUGGCCUUGUGUACAACUCCUUCCCCAAAAUGGGGGAGCGCUGGAUCCCAGACGAUCUCCUUGCCUUCUCCCCCGUGCUGAGAAAUAUCUUUGAGAAUCCCACAACUGUACAGUUUGAUCACAGGAUCUUGGGAAUUGCCUCUGUCACAGCUGUCACAGCACUGUACCUCUUCUCGAGGAGAAUCCCACUCCCUCGAAGGACCAGGAUGGCUGUGACUUCCUUACUGGCCGUAGCUUACAUGCAGGUGGGCCUGGGCAUCAGCACCCUGCUGCUUUACGUCCCUACGCCUGUGGCUGCCACGCACCAGUCGGGCUCGCUGGCGCUGCUCAGCGUGGCGCUGUGGCUCAUGAGCGAGCUCCGGAGAGUUCCCAAGUAGCGCACCGGCGGGACGGCCCUUCGGGGAGCCCCGGGCCGGCCGGGCCCCGGGCAAUGUGCCCGCAGCCGGGCUGGCGCGGGAGGCGGCGGCGGGUGUGAGUGCGAGCUGUGUAACAUAAAGGAGCUUUGUAACGCG